CUGACAUAUACAAAGGACAAACAGAAUUACAAAUGGACAAGCGAUAAAUAUAUCUAUUUUGAAGGGAAAAUAGUGUUGAAUUACAAAUAAAAAAAUAUCAUUUUGCUUUGAAUUAUCUUAAUUAAUUGUUUAUAGAAUUUAUUUGUUUUGGUUUAAUUCUGGUUGUUAUACCUAUGAAAUUUACAAAAACUUUUUUCUAUAAAAAUAAAAAUUUGUGUUUUUCUAUAUCCUUUUGGUUAUACAUAAUUAUUAUCUUUUUUUUAUCGAUACGAUGAUAUCACGUACACUAUCGAAGUCCAGGGAUAAUUUUUUUAUGUUGUUUAUUAUUUUACUAGUAGCUUUUACUUUAGUAUAUUUAUAUAUGAAAUACUUACAAGAAGAUAAUAGUUUGGAGUGGUCAGAACAAAGAUGUUUUUCUGAGUUGACAUCAAUUAAAUAUCAGUUGAAUGUGGUUACCGAGUAUAAAAAUCGUAUAGAUAAAUUACUCACAGAAACACAGAAGGCACAGGAAACAGAGAAGGAAAAGUUUAAGGAAAUAAUGGAAAGCUGUGUUGCAAUGAAACAACAGACUGCCAUAUGCCAGAAUCAAUUUGAAGAUCUCCAGAUUGAGUGCAAGACUGUCAGGGAUGAAUAUAAUAAACUUCUGAAGGAGCAGAAGAAAAUUUGAAGACUGGUAGUAUUUAUUAUUGUUUGUAUUAUUUUGCACAUGGUCAAUUUAAACUUUACAUAUUUAUUAAAUUAUUGGUCAAAGACUGAUGUAUAUUAAAGUAAGACUCAAGUACAAUGAAGUCAAUGUUAUUUUAACAAUAUAUCAGCUAGUAUAAUAUAGUAGUAGAGGCAAAAAUAAUGAAGUAUAUUCCUAAUAAUUAUAUUUCAGUCAGAACUUUUUCUUGGUUACAGUUAUCUUUGACUGCAAAAUCCUAAUUAAUGAUUAGUAAAUGGAAUUAGUUACAUCUAACUGAUCUAAUGUAUCAGGCAAUAAUAAUUUUCACAUUGUAGGUACUAAUAUAGAUAUAUUUAUAAGAAGAAAUUUAUUAUAGAUUAUAUUGUAAAUUAUUGUUUAGUGUAAUUGUAGGUACUUUAUUGUAGUACCUGUGAUUUAUUAACUAUUGUAAUUAAUUUUGCUACCACAACAUAUUAUACUGUAAUGAGUAAGAUGACCGUCGAAAUAGUAUUCUCUAUUUUAUUUACUAACAUGGUUUCUUCGAGGGUUGUCCGGCUUUUUAAGGAGACUUUAAGUAUGUAGCAAAUUUUAUUCUAGAGUAAGGAGAUGUUACAUGAUCAUCACAUAUCUAUUUAUCACAAUUAUCAUUCUGUUCAUAAAAGCUAGUUGGCCACAAGUAUCUACUGUUAACUUGUCACCUUAUUUAGCACCUUACAUAUUUGGUCGAGUUUCGUCCUUGUAGGAUGUGUUCUUUUAACAUUAUUGAUUCACCUUCGAUAUAUUUCUUUCUUACCUUUUUUUUUAUCCAUGCUUUAUAAAUAAUCUUAACUAACAGUAAUUAAUUACAGUCAUCAUUUGAUGAAAUUCAAACAUCGAAAUUUUUUUACAAGUUUAAAAGCAUUAAGCGAUUGCUCGUAUAUGGGUUGAACAAUCUAUAACUGUAGGAUAAUAUCUGCCACGCUGCUAGCUGGCUAGGUGUGGGGCUUUAUAUAGAAUUUGCUUUGUUUAGCCUUGCAAUGCUAGAUAAGGCAAAUUCUAUAUAGAGCCCUACACCGAGCCCUUUGGUGUAUAUACUGUGCUUCCUCUAGUCGCCUUUUACGUAAUUUUAAUAUUAAAAUUAAUUGGAGAUGUGCGAGAACGGAGUGGUGCGACAUAGUAUUCUCACUCCGUCACCACCAUCACAUUAUGUAAAAACAUAUUAAGUGUAAAUAAUAUGUUUAAGAGCAUAUGUUUAUAAAUUAUUUAAUAAGAACACUUAAAUUUUUAUUUUGUUAACGUUUUCUACAAGUUUUUGUAAUAAUGUUAACUUU